GCUGAGAAUGAUCGACAACUUGCAAUUAUCGCCGAGUUACAAAGGCAAGAGCGACUUGAGCAGUUGGCGCAGCGUUUCCACAAGAAGGCUAACCUCCGAGAGAGCUGGUUGAGAAACGUACAAGUAGUCCUGGAAGAAAUGGACCAAGGAAGGACGGCUAAUGAAGUUGAGAAGUCUCUUAAAAAACAGCAAGCAAUUGCUAAUGAUAUCCUUGCAAGGGAAGAACGCUUCAAAUUGCUUACUUCGAUGUGCGCUGAUUUGUGCAAUGAGAGAUACCAUGAAAGCGACAAAAUUCGUUCACGUGAGAGAGAUAUCAUUGAAAGAUGGACGCAUCUACUGAACCUGUUGGAACAACGUCGGAAAGCUCUAAUGGGGCUGAACGAUCUCAUGUCUCUUCUGAGGGACAUUGAUACCCUAGCUAGCGAACUUAGGCAACUGGAGCCGGUUGUUCGCAACCGUGAUGUGGGAAAACAUCUGCUAGGAGUUGAGGAUUUGAUUGGUAAACAUGAACUGGUUGAAGCUCAGUUCUUUCUAGGUUAA